UCCCUGGUGGACAUGUCUGGUCCGAGACGAGGUGAUCGUGGUCCAGAUGGUGUUGAUACAUCUCAACACGUCAACACCAGCUUCCCGCUCACUCCUGGCAUCUCCCUCACUCCUGGCAUCUCCCUCACUCCUGGCCUUGUUGCUCGCCAUCCUCCUGCUCCUCAGCGGGGUUCGGCGGAAGAUCUUGAGGUUGUCUUGAGACCCCUAGUGGGUGCAGGCGCCCAGGAGCUACAGCUUACCCCUUACGGGCACCGUAAUCCUCUUUUCUAUUACACCCGAAGAGGACUCGCUUCCCGCUCUAAUGGAUCAGACGCGGUCGAGGUGGGUAGCGGCGGUGUCGGCCUCAAUCUACGUCCUGGGAGUUCGCAGAAUGACACGUUCGAGAACUCGCAGGUCCUCAGCCUCGUUGGGAACGUGGUGUCUGAGGUGCUGCAGGAGGUGCUGCCAGGCUUCGGGUACUCUCUAGGGACGCUCCUUAGCAACAGCAGUGCCGUUAGGAGCACUAGCGUCCAUCCCGAAGGUGAAUCUCUUCACUCAGGACCGAUGGACGAGGUGAGGGAGCAAUCGAUAUAUGACUUAGCAUCGAAAACUGCUCAAGUGAAGAAGGUGGGGGAGACGAGUUACGGCGACAGUUUCAUAAUCUCCUUGCUGCCUCAGACGGUGAGGGAGACACUGUUCAUGCCAGGUGAGGAGGACUUGGCCACCAGCGUCACCACACACGUCAAUCAUCCUACCAGAAGCCAGGAAUAUUAUUGGUUCAGGCGAGCCAAUACAAACACGACGAACAGCCAUUCAAGUAACCUUUCAGAUCCAAGUGAAACGAUAAAUGGGAAAACUGACAAUUCAGGGACACAGAGUGAAAUUGAAUAUAUUACUGAAUCAAUGAGAAAUGGAAGCGGACUUAAACCACAUGAAGCUGCUAACUUCUCCUACGCCUUGACCCAAAACAGAGAAAGAUUAAACGCGAGGCUCUCAGAUAAUGUGGCAGAACCUCAGAUGAAACCUGUUUCUUCCAAGGAGGCUUCAAGAGUUCCAUUAGAAGGAACUUCGUUGAUACCGUCAGCGGCUCUGAAGAAUGUUACAGAAGCUGGUAAGGAUGAGCAGACUUCAUCUGGUGGUCUCUCUUCACCUCUCUCUAUCUUACCUUUAUUCUCUACCUACUUAUCGUAUUUAUCUGAGUUUUAUUCAUCUCCCUUUUCCCCUAUUUCUUCUACUUUAUUUUAUGGGUCAGACUUCCCACCUCCUGCCGGAGACCACCUGCUGAAGGCUGUGAAGAAGACGACGACGGUGCGUCACGUCCCUGACUCUCAUCCGUCUGACACCUUCAUAAUCUCGCUGGUGUCGGAACUGCCCGGGACGACGUCGGAGCCGCCCAGGACGAGGUCGGAGCCGCCCCGGACGAGGUCGGAGCCGCUCAGGACGAGGUCGGAGCCGCCCAGGACGGCGUCGGAGCCGUCCAGGACGGCGUCGGAGCCGUCCAGGACGAGGUCGGAACCGUCCAGGACGAGGUCGGAGCCAUCUAGGACGACGUCGGAGCCGUCCAGGACGAGGUCGGAGCCACCCAGGACGACAUCGGAGCCACCCAGAACGACGUCGGAGCCAUCUAGGACGACAUCGGAGCCACCCAGAACGACAUCGGAGCCACCCAGAACGACGUCGGAGCCGUCCAGGACGACGUCGGAGCCACCCAGAACGACGUCGGAGCCACCCAGAACGACGUCGGAGUCACCCAGACCGACAUCGGAGCCACCCAGAACGACGUCGGAGUCACCCAGACCGACAUCGGAGCCACCCAGAACGACGUCGGAGUCACCCAGACCGACAUUGGAGCCACCCAGAACGACGUCGGAGCCACCCAGACCGACAUCGGAGCCACCCAGAACGACGUCGGAGUCACCCAGACCGACAUCGGAGCCACCCAGAACGACGUCGGAGUCACCCAGACCGACAUCGGAGCCACCCAGAACGACGUCGGAGUCACCCAGACCGACAUCGGAGCCACCCAGAACGACGUCGGAGCCGCCCAGGACGACAUCGGAGCCACCCAGAACGACGUCGGAGCCGCCCAGGACGACAUCGGAGCCACCCAGAACGACGUCGGAGUCACCCAGACCGACAUCGGAGCCACCCAGAACGACGUCGGAGUCACCCAGACCGACAUCGGAGCCACCCAGAACGACGUCGGAGCCGCCCAGGACGACAUCGGAGCCACCCAGAACGACGUCGGAGCCGCCCAGGACGACAUCGGAGCCACCCAGAACGACGUCGGAGCCGCCCAGGACGACAUCGGAGCCGUCCACGACAACCCCGAAACACGUUGCCAAAUCCACAAUAUUGUCGGCAGCAACUGACGCUGAUGAAGUUGAUAUGUUUCCUAAUCCAUCCGCUGACAAGCAAGACUUGAUAAAUGGACGGGGCUUACGAGACGAGUCUAUUGAGGCAGGAUCCAGCAAAGAGAGAGUCAGAAGAAGUGUGUCGGGAGCUCCCACAGGAGAGAGAGCUGGCGGGGCCAGAGACCUCAUCACCUGGUAUCCCGAGGCACUGGAACCCAGCCAUACUUCGCGCGUCGUUCAGCGAAGAAAGCCAUUGAGACCAACUCGUAUCGAUAGAGAUGAGCUGGUGGUGAAGAGGCCGCCAGCGAGGCUGCCUCCAGCAGCCACAAUCACUAGUAAACCUUACUAUGUCCUCCCUAUCUGGGCCGGCGACCAGGUUUCCGCCGGGUUCAGAGAGGAUUCCAGCAAAAAUGGAAUUAAAGAUAUGAUCAGCAAGGGAAGCAUUUUUAGGAACUCGGGAGUGGUGACUAACAAAGGUGGACUCGUAGAAAAAUAUCCUGCUCGAUAUCCUGAAGUAAACUUUGGCGGGGAUCCUGGUCUAUAUCCUGGAGUAUACUCUGGCGGGUAUCCUGCAAGAGACGACUCUGGAGGGAAGUCUACGCGAACUGAAGGAUUCUCUAGAGGGGAUUCUACGCGAACUCCUGAAGAAUACCCAGGAGGGGAUACCAACAGCCUGGUGACCUGGUUUCCCUACCUGGACGAAGUAUACCUGGGGACAGAGAGAGACGACCACACCAGACUAGUGACCUGGUCAGCGGUGUACGACAAGUGAAGUAGUGAAUAAACCUUGAAAUACCAUAUAUAUACAUAUACAUAUAUGACCAGGAAGCAUACACAGUGAUCUAUUAUGCCGAGCGACUGACUGAUUGCUGGCAAUGUCCGUAUUUACAAAGUGACAGGCAGCAUUUGUGGCCAUUCUGUCAAUAUAGAAACUAACGC